AUGAGCACGGCAGUCGCGCUCGCGAUGAGCGCGCGAUGCGUGCUCGAUCCUCGCCCGGUCGCCUCGGGCGUUAAGGCGCGUUCGUCCGCGGCGCCGCUGAGCAAAUCGCGCCGACGGUUGGGACGAUUGGCGGUGAUUCCGAGAGCUUCCGAAGACGGCGACGCGCCCGAGCCGGGCGGCGAUAAGAAGCCCUUCGAUCCGAAGACGACGAACGAGGAGCGGAUCCGAUCCAUCAAGGGCGGUCCACCCACCGAGGGCGGCGACCCGGAGAAGCCCAAGGGUCCGCUGGACUCCCUCGACCGCGGAACCCUCGACCUCAUCAACCUCCUCGUCGCGACGGGCGGCGUGAAGGGGUCCAUCGCGGUCGUCGUCGGCGCGCUCGUGGGAAUCAACGCGCUCGCGCAGAUCCACCCCGACAUCGCGUCCCUAUCCCACGGCGCGAUGUUCGCCGCGCCUGUCGCCUUCCUCGACGCGCUCGUCAUGGUUCCCCGCUGGAAUCUGUCCGACGACGCCCUGGACGAGAUCGCCAAACGACAAGGACGAGACGCGGGAGAAAAGCCGGGUGAGGCGCUCGCGCGGUACCGCGGCGCGCUCGCGAAAUACCAGCGCGAGGAGGCGCUGAGCAACCCGUGCAGGAGCAUGCCCGCGUGGCAGGACGGCCUCGUCGCGUGCGUCGCCAGGCUGACGGACGAGAUGCUCGAGAGGGCGGUGGUGCUCGGGUUCUUGGGCGCGUGGAUCGGGGACCGAGCCGUGGAGGCUGGAGCGGAACCGUACGAGGUGGAGGGCGCCGCCAUGUACGCCGCGGUGGCGUUGUGCCUCGCGUUCUUCGAGGUGAGGGCGCAGCGGCGGCGCAGACGGGAGCGGGACUCCAUGCGAGCGUUCAGGGUGCAGCGAGAUAAGAUCACGGGGAAGCAAAAGAUGGUGCCGAUGACCGAGGAGGAGGUCAAGGCGCUGAUGACCAAGGGCGUCGUGGAGUUUGAAAAGGACAAGGUCAAGAAGGACAGCAAGGACACCGAAACGACGGCGGCGAGGGACGGCGGCGAGGUGCCGAAAGGACUGGGAGGGGUCGGGCUGCCGGUGGCGGAGAAGGCUGUGAGACGAACCGAGGAGGAGGUGGCUGACCUCGUCGGCGCGGUGACGGAAUCGGAGCCCGUCUUGGACGACGACGCUCGCGAUCCCUCGAACGAACCGAAGCCGCCCACGCCGCCGGUACCCGUCGCCGCCACGUCCGCCCCGCCGCCAAACGGGCUCGACCCCGUCGGAUCCGUGAUGCUCGGCGCCAACGUGAAACGAACGCUGGACGGGGUCCGAUCGAGGAUCACGCUCUUCGCGCAGUGCGCGUGCUUCGUCACCGCGCCCGCGCUGGCGGGCGGCACGGUGCCCAACCUGUUCGCUCCCGUCGUCAGUGGACUGGCGUGCGACCUGCUGUUCAUCGCGCAUCAGAGACUGGCCAUGCGCAGGCUCUUCGCGGACGCCGACUGCGAGAUGCCGGGCGGCUUCAAGGCCCCGAGGGACGCGGAGAUCAAAAAGGCGCAGAUGAAGCUCCUGAAGAAGGAUCUCGACAGGCGCCGGCGGGUGAUGGCGAGCAGGCUGAUGGAGAGCGUGGACAACAGCGUGGCGGAGGGGGCGAAAGAUUUCAACAUCCAGAUGCGCGAGGUGGUCGAUGAGGUGCGAAAGGCGAAGGGGUACACCAGGCAGGACGACGCCCUCACCGAGGUUCUCGACGCCAUCCACAAAAAGUUCCCGCCGUCCAAGCUCGCGGCGAUGGACGAGGCCGAGUCCGUGGCCAAGAUGCGGUCCGUACUCGUGGAGAUUCGCGACGAGCUCGCCAACCCCAAGACGGCGGAGGAGAAGGAAGCUGAACGGGUAGCCGUCGCGAAGGCUGAGCUGGAGAAGGACCCCAUCGACCGCGAGCCCUGGCGGAGCCUGGAGAAGACGCUGGUGGAGGACCAGCGGUUGACGCACGAGGAGGCCAGGGACAAGAUGAACGGCGUGAUGAAGAAGAUCGAGGAGGGCGCCGCCGCUAACCUCGAGCGCGCGAAGCGGGAGAGGGUCGAGGGAGAGGGCGCCGCGAAGGAGGCGCCGAAGAAGAAGAUCACGCUCGGCGACAUCUCCAAGCUGGCCGAAUCGGCCAGCGAGCUGCCACCGGCCAGGUCGAUCUUCGAGCAGGCUCGCGAGGAGAAGGAGGCUGAGAUUAAGGCCAAGGCUGAGGAGGCGGAGGUGGAAGACGAGGACGAGAAGAAGGAGCCCACCGGCGAGUUCGCGUCCACGAUCUCGGCGCUGGACAGGCUCACGGCGGCCAUCGACGAGAAGCUCGGGACGGCGGAGGAGAACAAGCGGAAAUAG